AUGAAGGGCUCUCUUUUCACACUGGUGAUUACGGCUAUACAUGCCGCGGCCAUCGCGAGUUCAACAACACAUAUGGAGGCGCUCCAGGGCCGCCAGUCAGCUCCACUGGUUCCUAGUCAGGAUCCUUUCUACAGCACACCACCUGAAGGCUAUGAAAACGCUCGCCCUGGAGACAUUCUUCGUAUGAGGAAUACAACAUUAUCCUCAACUUUCAAUGCCAGCUCCGCAGCAUACCAAUUCGUCUUCCGCACCACCAACAGUCUCGGCCAGCCUCUGUGGGCCUUGAAUACGCUAUUCGUGCCCAAGACCCCCAACACUACUCACCCGGGAUUGUUGUCAUACCAGGUCCCCUAUAACACUGCCGACGUCGAUGCUAGCAUCAGCGUUUUGCUGUACGCCGAAGCCUCCGAUCUGGGGAUUAUAUUCACCGAUAUUCAACGAGCGCUCGACAAUGGUUUCUACGUGACGGUCCCCGACCACGAGGGUCCGCAUGCCGCCUUCAGCGCCGGUAUACUGUAUGGCCACGUGACCCUUGACAAUGUUCGUGCGUCUCUGGGCUACAUCAACAAUUCUGCAGCUCGAUAUGUCCUGUGGGGAUACUCUGGCGGGUCCUUAGCGAGCAUGUUCACCGCCGAGUUACAGAACACGUAUGCGCCUGAACUUCAAUUCGCCGGCAUAGCUAUCGGCGGCUUCGGCCGCAACGUGACAUAUAUUCUUGAGUAUCUCGACGGCACUCCGGGAGUGGGAGUGGUUCCGGGCAGCAUCAUCGGUACUCUACAGCAAUAUCCCGACGGCUACAGCUAUCUCCUCAGCGGCCUCAAGACAUCGGGACCUUCCAACUCAACAGGCUUCCUUGCUGCUCGGAACCUGUCCGCAGUCUCAGCUCUGCUCGGAUAUGCCGGCCAAACUGUCCUUGAAGACUACUUCGUCACUGGCCGACAGUUUCUCCUGGAUCCGGUGGUCAAGAAGAUCUUCGCGAAAGAAUGGGUCUUGGAAACCCGUGGGGCCUGGAACAUGCCCAUUUACGGAUACAAGACGAUCAACGACGAGUUUGUACCCAUUGCAGGAGCCGAAGAGCUCGUGGAUGAGUUCUGCGCUUCCGGGGCCAAUGUUCUGUAUGAAGUCAAUACAGUUGGCAACCAUCAAGACGAAGAGGUCAAUGGCGAUGCUUCAGCCUGGCGAUUCUUAGAGAGUGCUUUGGCAGGCGAGAAAGUCUUCUCCUCCAGGUACGCCACCCAUGGCUGCACGUACCGGAAUGUCACCAUCGGCAUCGAAGUCCAUCCACCCUUUACGCCUUUGGUUGUGUGA